CCAUUUAGGCGAUACGGAGUGUAGUCUCGUGAAUGUAUGGAUGAAAACGGCGAUUUUCCAUUUGAAUCCCCGUUAUCAACGAUACAUUUAUACAUAAGUUUUCAAAUGUGCGAUGUACCAAUGAUUGAAUAUUGGAAAUAAAUAUGGUCGGUGUAAUGUCGUCGAAAUUUAACGAUUAUAGUGACACUGUUAAAUUUGACAGAUUUGAUUCGUAAGUGAAUAAUAAUAUAAUGAUGUUUUUUGAAAUUUUUUUGUGGAUGACAAUGAUGUGAAAGAUUAAGUGAAGAAUGAUAUAGUCAUGAACCGAUCAGGAGGCGAUCCUGAUAGAAGGCCGAUGGCUCAGAUAACUCAUGCACAUUGCAUAAAACGGUGACAGAGCUGUAAAUUACAGCGAUGGAUAUACAGAAAAAGCACCUGUGCCCCCGCUUGGUGGAUUAUCUCGCCAUUGUGGGGGCCAGACUGCCCUCAGUCUCUCGUCAGCCUGUGCAGGUUCCAGAAUUAUUGCGAAGAUAUCCGGUGGAAGAUCACAAAGAUUUUCCAUUACCGUUGGAUAUGGUUUAUUUCUGCCAACCUGAAGGUUGCACCAGCGUGGGACCGAAACGCACAGCUUUACGAGAGGCUACUUCCUUUACGUUUACACUCACAGAUAAAGAUUCUGGGAAAACUCGCUAUGGGAUCUGUGUAAAUUUUUAUCGACCAAUAGAAAGGGUAGGAGUUGCAGUUGGAAGUGGGGUCUCAAUGAAAAGGGACAAAUAUAAUACCACAUUUCGAAGGGAAAGUUGGAGGAAAAGCAUGGAAAAGAGCACAGAUUCUGCCUUUUCUAGCGACUAUAGGAGCAGUGCAAUUGGUCCUAGUGAUUCUGAAAAAGAUUGUCCGAGUAGUAGAAGAGACUCUGACACUUCACAUAUUCCAAGUGCACCGAGAUUAGGUAUCACUGCACCAAGUGGAGACAGUGAAAGUGGAGGAAGUCAUUCUCCAUCUCCACGUGCUUCACGUAGACGACAGAGAAUACGAAAUCACUCGCUCACGUCGUUAUGUAUCAUCUCUCAUCAUCCGUUCUUUUCGAUGUUCCGAGAAUGCCUUUUCAUAUUGAAAAAGAUUAUCGACGCGUGCAAUGAGAGUUCCUCGCCGCAGAAAGUUGGUGCUUCUAGACAAACUAAUAGAGAUACAGUGUGGAGCGUUUUAACGGGUCAAACAUUGGAGGGAACACCAUCGAUAGUGUUGCAUGAUGUCCGUGAGAUCGAGACAUGGAUAUUGCGAUUGUUAAGCAGUCCUGUUCCAGUUCCAACAAAGACACGCGUCGAGAUCGAGAUUGUGUCGCAAAGUAUGCAGCCACCACUCUGUUUUGCACUCCCAGAUCACACUAGAUUUUCUCUUGUUGAUUUCCCUCUGCAUCUACCCCUGGAACUUCUUGGCGUUGACAUAUGCUUGAAAGUCCUCACGUUGAUUCUCUUGGAGCACAAGAUCGUGUUACAAUCCCGCGACUACAAUGCCUUGUCGAUGUCCGUAAUGGCGUUCGUUACGAUGAUUUAUCCUUUGGAAUAUAUGUUCCCUGCAAUACCAUUGUUACCCACGUGCAUGAGCUGCGCGGAACAAUUGUUGCUUGCACCUACACCAUUUGUUAUCGGAAUACCCGCUACUUUUUUAUUGUACAAAACGAACUUUAAAAUGCCCGAUGACAUUUGGCUAGUGGAUCUAGACAGCAAUAAAAUAAACCCACCUACUGGUCUGGGUGAUCAAUUGCCUCCAUUGCCCGAACCAGAAGGCACCGAAUUAAAGAACCAUUUGAAACAGGCAAUGCAACUGAUGGACCAAACCGGCUCUGGUGCAAUGGCUAGUAUGUCAAUUCCGCAAACACUAUCGCAAGAUACUUCUCCCAGGACUUCUCUGCAAGCUCCUAGCAGAAGAGAGAGUUUAACUUCUCAUUUAUCUACCUUGAGCGUGUCCUCAAUGAAGCAUAGGCCAAGCAUCGACCACUAUCCCAGUCCAGCAAGUUCUCCAGGUGCCGGUGCGACUUCUGGUCACCGUCGCACUUCCAUGUCUCAAUCAGGUGGCUCUUCAUCUCCCCAAAAACCAUUCUCCUCCCAAACCGUGCAAUCUUUCAAUCCUUUCAUCUAUGGAAACGAUUUGGACUCGGUAGAUGUUGCCACAAGAGUUGCCAUGGUUCGUUUCUUCAACUCGCAGAAUCUCUUGGCGAAUUUCACCGAGCAUACGAGGACUCUGAGGCUGUAUCCCAGACCCGUGGUCGCGUUCCAGAUCAAUUCUUUCCUUCGAUCGAGACCACGAACUAGUCAUUUCUUGAAUAAAUUUGCCAGGACUCAAGCGGUUGAGUUUUUGGCCGAAUGGUCCCUUACGCCGAGCAAUGUGGCGUUUUUGAGGGUGCAAACAGGGGUGUUCGAUCCGACUCAGAUAGGCGAUAAACCGAAAUGGUAUGCCUCUAGUCUCGAGCCUAUUUAUUUUCCCGUUUGGGACAAUGGUAGCUCGUUAGCCAAUGCUCUGAAGGCAAUGAAGGAACACGAGAAUCAACCAACAGAUGAGAGUGGAUCUGAUUCGGAAGGUGCUGAAAGCACGAGCUCCUCUUAUUCCUCGUUGAGCGAUUUUGUUUCUGAAAUGGUGUCAUCGGAUUUGUCUCCGAGUUACAAUUGUUCACAAGUAGCACAGCCUCAGCAAAUGGCCUUGUCUGUAGAUCCAACGAAUGUUUACAAUCCACCCAGUUCACUGCAAUAUCCUGGAGUCGAAGAAGAAUCGACAGUAAGACCGGAAAGUCCACCAAGCACUUCCUCUAGUCACAGUGACUUAAGUAGCCCCAGCUUCAACAGGGAUUCUGAAUUCGAAUUAAACCCCAAAGCUCAAGAAGGCUCACAGUCGACCAAUGAUAAAGAGGAGGGUGGUAGCUUUGAAUCAGAUUCAGCAUCCACCAUAACACCACGCACAAUCCUGAGCGCACAAAGUUCGGUGGGACAGUUCGGAGUAGGGAAGAGACGUUCUUUAGCAACGUCGAGCAUCAACGACACCGAACGUCCCGCCACAUCUUACAGGAGUUCCCGUCUCAGUAGAUUUGUCGUUCCAAUACAACCAAGCGCAGCAAGUCUCCAGCGUCAUCCAAGUGUUGGCAACGUUUUGGCGAGGGCGUCGAGUUUUGGUACAGGGCCAUUUUCUCGACAGACGAGCAACAGCAGCAACGAGAGCGAAUCGUCCACGGUUUCUCGACAAUUUUCAUUGGGUACCAGUGGGCAGAAGCAAGCCAACGAGGGUGUGCAAAGGCAGGGUUCCAACGUGACUGGAAACGGUGUUCUACGACAGGGUUCUCAAGGAUCCCUGUUCGAACAAAUAGCCAAUCAGGCGAAGGAUUUAGUUCGAGAAACUACUAGGCAGAGCAGUCAGGAUGGAAUUCUUGCUCAGAUGGACAAGUUAAAACAUCAGGCAAAAGAGAAGAUCACAGAAGCUGGGGAAGAUAGUCUUUUUGCACCAUUGGAACAAUUGACGCAACAGACUAAGAAAGCUGUAGGAGAGGCAACGAAAUCCGUGCAAGAAGCUUCGAAAACCGCUUUGGAGGCGAGCAAAACUGCAGCUGGAGUCAGCAAAAAUACACUCGAUGAUUUAACGUAUGUGAGCAAGAGCACUUUUGGAGAUUUGACGAAAAGUGCCAAAGAAGUUGCUGCGAAAAAAGGUUUACUCAAGGGCCUUAGCGAUACACAGCAUUCACCUCCAUCGCCUCCUGGAAUAUUACAACGAAGGGAUUCGAGUAAUACACAAUUGGUCGCUUCGGAUAAUCGCGCAGGGCGGCGGGAAAUCGGACGUGAUUUUUUCAGCAAUAUUAGUAGUGAUUUAAAUGGCAUUGCUGCGCAAACAAGCAACAUGUUUAGCGAUCUGUUUGGCAGUAAAAAUAGUUCUAGAAAUACCGGUCUCCCACAGUCGCAAAAGGCGGAUAAGAAGACACCGAUACUCGGACCUUUUCCUAAAAGUAAAACAGGACUGGUGGAACGAUCAUCAUUGAUAAAACAUUCGACGAACAAAGCUAAUCAGGAAGACAUCCAAAGGAUGCAGAAUGCAGAGAGGUCUAGUACAAAUAGCGACAAUCAAGCUUUCUUGACUGACGUGGUGAAUCAAGUUUUAGCCGGUGAAGGUGUUGGCUGGCUGAAAUUAAACAGGCUAAAAAAACUAAUGGAGGAUGAAAGCUAUCGAGACUUGGUAGUAACGAAAUUGAAUAAAGGACUUAAUAAAAAAAUUAGUCCUGAUGAUCAUAUCGAUGAUGUGUGUAUCUCGAAACCAGUUUACAAGGGAAUGCUAAAGUGCCUUCAAGCAGUGGCUCAUGGUCUUGGACACACUUACAAUAAUUUCGGCCUGGGAGGAAUGGCAUCAGUUUAUCAGUUAAUGGAGAUCGCACACACUCACUAUUGGAGCAAGGAUCUUUCAGAGGGAGGUUUCGAUAGUUCUUUAAUGUCUCAGACAUCUAGUCCAUUUGGUAGCAAGGAAAACUUGAGGUCUCCGCAGUCUCCUACUCACCCUGAAUUUUCAGACGCAUCUCAAAGAUCGGAUGCACCUCAAGUUCAUUUGGAAAUGCCACACGGUCAUUCAACAACGCAUGAAAGUAGCCAAUCGACGACAGACAUGUUCCUCGACAUGUUCACUAAAAAAGGAAAGUUCCUCAGCAGGCUAACGUCCUUCGACUCUGAGAGUGGGCGGGGAGGUGGAACAGGAAGCAGCGAAGCUUUAUCCACAGAUGGAGGUAGCAUAAUCACUAAUCCUGCUUUUCGUCAAGCGCACCAGGCUUCUUUCCGAAGCACUGUCUCUGAUAGCGAGGUCGAACAAGGCAAUUUUUCACGACAACCGAAGCCACGAACCGGAAGCGUUUGGUCCAGCAAGUCUUCCUUAAGUACCGGUUUUCGAUAUCAUGGAGGAAGCUUGGUACCUACUACGACCGCUCCUAGUCCUGAAGCUGCAAGAACGUACUUAUUCGAAGGUUUGUUGGGGAAAGAAAGAUCAUCGCUUUGGGAUCAGAUGCAAUUUUGGGAGGAUGCAUUUUUGGAUGCAGUGUCUCAAGAAAGAGACAUGAUAGGCAUGGAUCAAGGUCCAGGAGAAAUGAUGGAAAGAUAUAAGAGUUUGAGCGAAAGUGAAAAGAAACGAUUGGAACAUGACGAAGAUAGACUAUUGUGCACUCUGUUGCACAAUUUGACUGCUAUUUUAGUAAUGCUGAACGUGGAUAAAAACGAGGUGAAACGUAAAGUGAGAAGAUUAUUGGGAAAAAGCCACAUCGGUCUGAUCUACAGUCAGGAGCUCAAUCAACUUCUCGACCAAAUACAUAAUCUCUAUGGAAACGAUAUAGAUCUAAAGCCUCUAACAUCUAGACAAAUGCAUCGUCAAUCAUUCACCGUGCAUGCUGGCGUCGAUGCAGAAGGUGAUUUACGAUUCCUCGAGGUCCGUCACGACGGACUUGUCCUUAGAUCUGUGAAUGGCGUGAUCGUCGAAAGAUGGUGGUAUGAACGUUUGGUGAAUAUGACCUACAGUCCGAAGAACAAAGUGUUGUGCCUUUGGCGACGAAACGGCGGACAAACACAACUGCAUAAGUAUUAUACCAAAAAGUGCAAGGAUCUAUAUUAUUGCAUAAAAGAUGCAAUGGAGAAGGCAGCAGCUCGUGGACGUGGCGCGAAUGUGGGUGCUGAACUUGGAGGUGAAUUUCCGGUUCAGGAUAUGCGCACCGGUGAGGGUGGUCUUCUUCAGGUUUGCAUGGAGGGCGUGGGUCUCCUCUUCGCGAAUAGCAAGGAUUUCGAGUUUUUUGUAAGACUCGAUCAUAUCCGCAAGUGCUUUACUCAGAAGGAUGGGAUCUUUGUAUUGGAAGAAUUCAAUCCUAAAACUAGACAAGUAAUUCAACGUAAAUAUAAGUCUCAAAUGGCAGAUCAAAUCUGUUACUCGGUUCUCUGUGUGUUCUCUUACUUGGCCGCUGGUAUGGAGCAACGGAAGCAACAACAGAAUCAACAGCAACAUCCUCAACACCAAUUCCAUCUUCAACCCCAACAACAGCAACCACCACCGCAAUAUCAGCAAUCGCAACGUCAACAAACAACAUCAACACACCAAAAACAACAACAACAUCAACAAUACCAGCAAACUCAACAACGUGUACAGUAUCAACAUCAGCAACGUCAACAGCAGCAAUCUCAUAGCCAACCACAUUCAGGUAAUAACACCGGCCAAAAUAAUCAAGGUCAUAGAAACACGCAAUCCGAUUCUUUUCCUAAGCAUCACUGACACAGAGGCAGACACUCGCUCCCAUUUGUGCAUAAUUACAAUAAGUGUGCCCCUUAUGCUUGCUUACCCUGGGUGUAAGUCUUCGUUUCACGGCCAAUCCAUUUGCAUUGUUGAGGAAUUUAACGAUAAAUCUUCUUGAUGGAAGUUUGGAGAAUCAAUAAAUUAAUUAAUUAUAGUCAAUGUUUUUUUAAUUUGUUUAGGUUAUUUAAUCAAUGAUAAGAUUAUUGUCCUAAUACAAAAUACUAGUUUCAAUGCAAAACCUUUGUAAAAUUUAAUAUUGAUAAUAUUGAUAAUAAGAUAGAAAGUGAUGAUUUUAAAAAUUAUUAUAAAAGCUUAAGUAUAUUUAAAAGAUUAUGAAGCUUAUUAAAAAUAAAUAGAAUACAUUUUUCUUAUCGUGUAUAAUAAUAAUUAAAAUAUUGUAGUAUACUUUAAAUAUAAUAUUAUACUUUAAAGAUUUCUUACACCCAUGAUUUUAAUAUUUUUUUGCAAAUAUAUUUAUUUUGCAUAAUUAUAAUAUUCUCAAUAAUUAAUAAAUGACAAAUAUAAUACAAUAUUUCAUAUGAAUAUUUCGUACUAGGAUAAUAACAAAGACGAUUAAACAAUCGAAAAUAUAAUACAAGGAAUAGACAAAGUAAAAAACAUUUGAAAGAGAAAAUAUCGAUAACGUAUUAUUGAUUACUAUACACUAUAAUUUAUAUAUAAUUUGCACUAUCAAAAUUUUUGUUAUAGAAAAUUAGCAAUUCGAAUUAUAUUUCUUAACGAAAUGACACGUGAUAACUAAUUCACAUGAAUUGCAUUGAUCUUAUUUUUUUUGGCCAGAAAAAAAUUUCAAUGCAAAUGGAUUGAAACUAUCUUGAAACGAGCAUAAAAAUCUAAUCUAAAAAGAAUCUUUGAUUUUGAAAUCUCGUGAAAAUCAUUUCGUUUCAACUUCGAUCUUCAACUAUGUAAAAAUUGAUAAUCGUUGCACGGUAUCAUCCUCCGAUCAUUCUUAGAAAGCCAGUUCUAAGUUUUCUCUAAAUGUGGAAAACUUGUUUCGUAUUCUAUUCGAGAAAAGUAUUCGAUGGAAUCGAACGAGGCAAUUAAUAUUUGUUGGUAUUAGAUAUUGGUAUUAGGAGGGUUGAAAAAUAAUAACAAUUAAUACACUGAUUACCAUGUUAAUUUUAAAAUUAUUUUCAUUGAAAAAUUAAAUUAAAAAAUUCUUAUAUUUUAUGUAAAGGAAAUUUUACAUUAGAAAGAAUAUAUAUUAUAGAGAACUAUAAUUAUUUCUAAAAAUAUAAAUAUAUUAUUUUAUUUAUAAAUUAAAUAUAUUAUAUUAUAUUAUAAAAAUAUAAUUUAACCAGUUAUAAUUUAUUACUAAUAAUUUUAUUAAUAAGUUUAGAUUUAUUCAUUGGUGGAAUGGUAAUCAAUAUUAAAUAUUUUGUAAAUCAAUGAAAAAAAUGUAUAAAUUAAAAACAAAAACAUUAGCAAAAAAAUUGGCUAAUUAACAACAUAAUCGUGGUAAUUAUUUGCAAAGCGGGGGUUGGGUGUAUUAAACAAUGAUGAAAACGAAUUACGAAGCAUUUUUUCAACAAAAGUUCAAUCGAGAGACAUUGAAAAUAUAUCAUCGAUAAAGAAUUCAAAAGCAAAUGAUGAUAAUAAUAAUAAUAAUAAUAAUAAUAAUAAUAAUAGUAAUAGUAAUAAUAAUAGUAAUACCGACAACGUAAUAAGAUAACAGUGGCAAUUGUACAUUCGCAAAUAAGGAUUCGAGUGGUAUUUAAACAAACAAAUAGAGAAUCGUACCGAAUGAAUUAAACGAUCUUUUUAUGGAUCGUAAAGAUAUUAAAAAGAAAAAAAAACAGUUUCCUAACAAUUACAUUCUUUGAUAUAUCCGUCGUGUGCACGUGUAGAAACAUGAAGUAAUAAAGUUUGUAUAGUUGCUGGAAGAAAUACAACGAGAUAGAAAAAAAAAAUGAAUAUAUUAAAAAAUAAAAAAAUAAAAAAAUAUUUACUUUGCCAAGACAUUAAAGAAAGAAAUUUGUCAAAUUUAUGAAAGAAUAGGAAGUUCAAAUUUAAUUAAAAAAUACAAAAAUAUUUCUUGAUCAACAUCAACAAUUUGAUUUUCUUGAUAGAAUGUAUAUUGUAAAAAUUAUUUAAAAUCACAUGAAAUAUAAAAAAAAUUUUUCAAAUAUAUACAUAAAUACAUUGUGAUUAUAAAAGUUUUUAACAUAUGAAUUUUCUAGUUUAUUUUUUCAUUAUCAUUAUAGAAUAGAAUAAUAAAUAUUAUAUUAUUAUAUUAUAUUAUAUUUUAAUUAUAUUAUUAUAAUUAUAUAUUGUAUUUAUUAAUAAUAGAUUUUGAAUUAUAUUUAUUCUUUAUAUUCAUAAUUAAUUUUAUAUAUAAUGAAUAUUUAAAGCAGUCAUAUAUUUUUGUGAAUUAUAAAAAUUUAUAUUGUCAUAAUAGUAUAGUAAUAGAUUUUUAAAACAAAAUAUGAAUAUCAAAAAAAAUAUAAGUUUUUUUUAACUUAAAUAAAAUACAUAAUGAAAAAUAUAUUCAAGUUUUUUAUUUAUUUUCUUAAAGAGAUAACAAAUAUUCUACUUAUUUCAAUAUUUUAUUAAAAAUAAUUUCCAAAUAAAUAUUAAAAAAAGAAGAAUCAAGUACAAGAUUUUGAAUUCUUGCAAUUUAUGUAUAUAAUUAUUUUAAUCGUCAGUAGGAAAAAUUAUUGUAAUAUAAAAAUUGUAACAUAAGAAAUUUAUAUUUAUUAUAGUUGAUAAUUUCGUUAAAUUUCUUCCAGCAACCAGUUAAAAAAAAUGUAUUAAUCGUUCACGAAAAUAAAUCUACUAUACCGUCGUUAAAAAAAUAUUCUUCGAUAUCUCGAAGAAGACCAACGUAGAUAUCAAGGUCUGUUUUGACGGUGUUUUCUAUGAAUAGCACGUAAAGCAAUUAUGAGAUACAAUAAACGAGAUACUUAAAGAAAAUAAAAAAAUAAAAAAAAUAAAAAAAAGGAAAAUUAUUCGUAUAAUCGGUGGAACAAUUUUUGUAUAAAAUACAUCGAAACAGACUGUAACUGUGAUUAUCUAAUUUGAUGGAAAAUGAAAAUGGAAAAAUAUGAAGAUUAAGCUAUUUAAUUUCAUAUGGCCGCAUGAAAUAGUCCAGAGUAAUUAUAAUAUAAUCUCGGAUAGGAUCGAUACAAUAAACAUUUCUCCCUCUAUAUACAUAAAUCAUUAUUCAUUUUCGUGCAAUUAUAUCGUUGUAAGAACUUUGUCCAAUUUAAUCUGUUCAGAAAGAUAAAGAUAUUUUAUUCUGAAUUAUUUUCAUUAAUUUUAUUCAAAAGUUUAAUAUAACGAAUUAUUAAUAUCGUUUCUUUUAAUCAAUAAUAAAGGAUUGCAGAAAACAAAAAAAUUUAUAAAGAUUCUGAUGUUUAUACGUUGAUUCUGAAAUCUGAAGAUCCUUGAAUUUUUGGAAUUUGAAUAUUAGAAAAUUUAAAUUUGAAAUUCAAUUAUGGGAUAAUGAAAAUUCAAUUGAAAAAUAAUAAUGAUUUCUUGUUGUUUGAAAUUAAUAGUUAAAGAAAUAAAAAAUUCUUAAAAUUCAAAUUUAUUGAUUUAAUUAAUAUUGCUAAUUUUCUAAUUAAGGAAUUAAAAUUAUUUUAUCAUUACAAAGUUAACAUUUAAUAAAUAUUUUUAAAAAAGUUCAAAGAAAUAUUCAAUUUAUAAAUAAUAUUGAUGAUUAUAAUAUUUUUCAUAAUAAUAAUAAUUCAAAUAUUUAAUCCUUGAAAAAAAUCUGUAAAAUAGAAUCAAGGAAAGAUAUCAAGGAAAAAAUAUUUAAUUUUGUUUCUGAAUCAAUAAGAUAUUCAAUCCCAGGAAUUGAAAUAAAAAAUAUAUAAAAAAGUGAUAAAUAUAAUAAGCAAAAUAAACAAUUCUUUAAAAUAACAGACUUCGAAUCUGACUGCAAAGCUGACUGCAUAUUUGCAUAUUUUACCUCAUGAUAAAAUGGAAUAAGAAUCAAUCAAGAGAUAAGAAAAAAAUGAGUCGGUUAUACUAAGAUAACACAUUACAAUUGCAUAUUAUAUUUUAGUAUGGACUCGAAUAAUGUAAAGUAUUUAAUAUAUAUUUGUAAUAUCGAAUACGAGCAUCGAUUUGUUUCCUCUUUUUUGUUCUUUUUUUUUUCAAAUUGAGUGAAAUUAAAGAUGACCUACUUCGAUAAAUCUUUUGAUUAAUUAAAAAUACCGUAGCGAAUAGAAAAAUCAUGUAUCAUGAAUGUACGAGAUAAUGAAAUGUCGCAUCUCUAAGCAUCUAUCGUGUAAAAUAAUUGUAUAAAGCGUUAAUUUAUGAUUUCAUUAUAAAUUUCAACAUAACUGAUUGUAAGUUUGAGAUUGUUCGAUUUAAGAUCUUUUAGAUCUUUUAUAUUUCUGUGAACAAUAAUUUAAUUUCAAAAAUUGGAAAUUAAAAAAGAAAAAUGGAAAAUUUCAAAAAUUCAAAAAUGAAAGUUUCAAAAUUUGAAAAUUUAGAAUUUUAAAUAUAUAAAACUUUGAAUUAAAAUAUUAAAAGAUAAAUUUUAUUUAUAUUUUUCAUUACUUAUUUAUAUCUCUCGGCAUAAUAACUGGAAGAAUUUAAUAACUUAAGACGAUUAUCAAAGCAUUAUCCUCUUUUCGAAUAAUUGACAGCUAUAAUUAGACUCAUCUGUUCUUUCACUCUAAAAAUAUCUCACAAUGUAAUUCUAAAUGUAAUCUCAAAUUUAUAUUCAGAACUAUGCAUUAUUCCUCAUAUGACACAUCAAAGUUUAUGAUAAGUAUUAUAUAAUCUAUUGAUAAUUGUUAUAUCUCGUUAGUAUCUGUGAUCUUACAUUUUGUAAAAAUUCUAUUAUUUAAGUUUAUUAUGUUUUUCGUGAUGUGCGUGCAACGGAAGAUGCAAAAAAAAAAGCUUAAAAUCAUAUAUAUGUUACUUACGUUUCGUAGAUAGACCGUGUUAUCGAAUCGAUGAGGCCGAAAUUCAACGUGCUCCUCUCUACAACAAGAAAAUAAAAAAAUAAAAUUCCACAUAUCUCAUAUGUAAGAGGAAAUCUACAAGUAUUCUAUUCCUCCAUUCUCUCCGCACUUGAGUCGCAUUUUCAAUGCAAUUUAUUACGAAAUUUAUUAUUUGAAAUUAAAAAUUUUAUUAUCAGAAGCGUAGAAAUAUUUCCAAGGAUUCAAUUUUAAUCAAGAUUUCAAAAUUCUUAAAAUAUUAUGAUUCUUUGAAAAAUCUUGCUCUAUAUCUAUCAAUAAUAUUUAAUUUAAAAAAUUAAAAAAUUAUAAUAUAUUAAUGAUUUUUUAGUAAAUUAAAUAUUAAUAAUUAUUUAGUUGAUAUACAUAAUAAUUAAAUAAAAAUUAAAUAAAUUUGUAAUUAAAAAUUCAAUGAAAUAAUUCAGCUUCACAAUAUUUUUCACUUUUAUUCUACUUUUUUUUUAUUUUUUCCACAAUUUGCAAUAUCUCUUUUUAUCAAUUAUUAAUUUUUUUAUUUAUGUCUUGCUAUUUAUUUUUAAACUUUAAAUCUCGUAAUUGGAAUUAUGUUCAUAAAUAUUGUUAAAAAAUUAGCAUGUAAUUGAAACUUUCGAGAGAUAUCUACACUUCUGACGCACGCGACAUAUUUAUCUCGUGAAACCAAGCAUUGAAUUGAUAAUUCAUUCAGGAUGUGUUUUAUUUAUUUUACGCAAAACCGAUUAGAGAACGAUUUAUUAUACGUUUAAAGAUAAACGUGUGUUCUCUACAAAAUUAAAAGUCUUUAACAUAAUUUAAUAAAAAUGAAAGAAAUAAUUAAUGAAUAAAUCUAAAACAAAUCUGGUUUCACGAUUUCAAAUCGUUCAUAUGCAACGAUAUAAAUUAGAGGAAAAAUUAAUAAUACAUAUUUUCUUCGCAAUAAUUGUACAUGAGAAGAAGAGAUACAAUAAUUUUUAAAGAAUUUGUAAAUAAUUAUCGAAUAUUAUUAGAAAAAAAGAAAAAAAAGAUAAAAACGAUAAUGACCAAUAGAUUCAUUAUAUUUUAUUUAUAAAAAAAUGCUCGAUUGAAUAUAUAAUGAAAUAAUAUCGGUUCAGAAAACAUGGAAAUUCGGCGGCGACUUUUUAUUUCGAUUUCCGCUAUUCUGUCUCUGUCUCUGUCUCUGUCUCUCUCUCUUUCUCUCUCUCUCUUUCUCAUCUUCAUUCUCUUUCUCUAUGCCAUUGUUUAGCAGUUCCUGUUUAAUGCCACGCUUAGACAAUGUUUUUAGCGAAUCAUUGUCGCAUUCCACGACGAUACAUAACGAAUUUAAGAAUAAGAAAGAAAGGAAUAAUAAAAACAAACAAUAAUAAUUAUUAUUAAUUAUAAUUAUAAUAAUGAAUUUAAAAGAAAAAGUGUUUAUUAGAGCUCCGAAGGAGGCAGAUUCGAUACAAAUUUCAAGUGUAUAGUAUUCAGUAAUGUAGGCGCCUUAUAUCCAAUAAAUAACUUGUAGAUUUGAAA